UGUGGGAGUCAGCGGUUGAGGACAGGACCCUUAGUGGUCACGCCGCGGGAACCGCGCAGCACUGGACGCUCAAUCUGUGGCUCAGUCUCCUGGAGAAAGUGAUGCACUGAGGCGCAAGAACAGACAAGUUUGAUGAUGCCAAAGGAGAUGAGUAGACACUCAUCACUUCAGGUUGGGAUCAGGGAGUGUAGCAGCAGUUAGUGAUGAGGUCCAUGGGAUGUUCAUAAAGGAGAGUUAGAAGAUGAAGUUUAAGAAGUUCAUCACGAUCAUGCAGGCAGCGAUGGGGAUUGUACCCUUAAACAAACGGGAGCUGCUGCCACCAGGCAGGAAACUGUGGAGACCCCCAGGGGAUCAGCCUGGCUCUGACCAGACCAGCACUGACCUCCUCAAGUGCAGCAGAAAGUUCUGCUGGUCCAGAGAAGCCCAGUACUUGUAUCUUCGCCGCCUGUCUUCACGCAGUUUCUCGGCUAUUAUGAUGAACCCGGUCAUGGAGGAGACCGUGUGGGAGCAAUACACCGUGACCUUGCAUAGGGAUUCGAAGAUGGGCUUUGGCAUUGCUGUAUCAGGUGGGCGGGAUAACCCAAACGAGGACACUGGCGAGACGUCCAUUGUGGUAUCUGAUGUCCUGCAGGGAGGGCCAGCUGAUGGAUUGUUGUUUGAAAAUGACAGAGUAGUGCAGGUGAACGCCAUCCCCAUGGAUGGAGCCAUCCACUCGUUCGCUGUCCAGACCCUCAGGAAGUGUGGCAAAGUAGCAAAAAUUACAGUCAAGAGGCCCAGAAAGGUUCCAGUCAAUGUGCUCAAUCGUCAGCCAUCACCUGACGACAGAGUCUUCAACAAUGACUACAAUGAUGACUACAACUAUGAUCAAGACCGACGUAGCGUGUACAGCGCUAGGAGUGGCGGAGGCCGGGACCAAAGCCUGGAGAGGGAGCGAGGCGGCUACAUGGACUCCGGCUACCACACACGUGAUCGUGACUAUGACCGGCGGGAACGUGGCAGGAGCACAGAGAGAGACCUCAGCCCGGACCGCCAGUACCGGCGAGAUGGCAGCAGAGGCCGCACUUUGGAUAGAGAGUACAGCCCAGAUCGCCGCUAUAAGAGCGAGCAUGCGCUUGACCGUGACUACAGCCCAGACAGAAGGUACCGCAGCGACCGCACAUUAGACCGAGAUUACAGUCCUGAUCGGCGUUUCCGCAGCGAUCGAGCCCUCGACCACAGCCCCGACCGACGCUACCGAAGCGACCGAGCCCUGGACCGCAACGAGAGCCCCGAUCUGCGCUACAGGCGUGACAGUCCAGGACGAGGCCGCGGCCGCGAUCAAAGCUACGAUCGAGGACUUGACCGCAUCGCAAAUGAGCCGCGGAAAUAUGACGAGCCAAUAAAGCGAAGUGCAAGCAGGGACCGCCUUGAACGCACACCGUCACCUGCUGCCGUGCCCCUCCCUCUGCCACGCCCUGCCCGGGAUCUGGAGCCGCUGGAGAAACCUGUGAAUGUGCUACUGCUGAAAAACCAUCCCAACGAAGAAUAUGGCCUUCGUCUGGGCAGCCAGCUCUUCAUCAAAGAGAUGACCAGCACAGGACUUGCCAGCAAGGAUGGAAACCUGCAGGAAGGGGACAUUAUUCUGAAGAUUAAUGGGACUGUGACAGAAAACCUGUCUCUCAGCGAUGCCGGGAAGCUGAUUGAGAAGUCCCGCGGGAAGCUACAGCUGGUGGUGCAGCGAGACAGGAAGAAGAUCCUGGUCCGAAUCCCGCCAAUGGUCGACAGCGACUCGGAGCUCGACGAUAUCUCUGAGAUCGAGUCGUACCGCUCCUAUUCUCCACAGGAUGACAGACGGGCCCACCACUCUGACCUCUCCUCCCAUUCCUCCAAUGAGAGACUUCGAGACAAGCCCAGAGAGGAACCGCCUAGCAGGCUGGCAAAAAUGGGUGCCAUGCCGACCCCAUUCAGAGGUGCCGACAGAGACGUUGAAGAUAAGGCUGCUUUGCACGCAGAGAGGGAGGAGCCACGCUCCGAGACACCACCAGUACCAGCUGCCAGUGUCGCCCCAAAGGUUCACGCUCCCCCUAAAGUGCCACUAAAGCCAAGUGCAGAAGACCUGGAAAUAUACGGGCCGAACACGGUGAUGGUGCGUUUCCAGAAAGGUGACAGUGUGGGUCUGCGGCUGGCGGGAGGAAAUGAUGUCGGCAUCUUUAUCGCCGGUGUUCAGGAGGACAGUGCAGCAGAGCAGGAGGGUCUCCGGACAGGAGAUCAGAUCAUGAGGGUGAACAACAGAGACUUCAGAGGCAUGGUGCGUGAAGAUGCUGUUCUCUACCUCCUGGAGAUUCCUAAAGGAGAGGAAGUUACCAUUCUUGCACAGAGCAAGCCUGAAGUGUAUAAAGAUGUCUUAGCAUCUGGCAGAGGCGACUCCUUCUUCAUUAGAACCCACUUUGAAUAUGAGAAGGAGGCCCCGCAGAGCCUUCCUUUCUCCAGGGGGGAGAUCUUCAAAGUGACGGACACACUCUAUGAUGGCAAACUCGGCAACUGGCUGGCAAUCCGUAGUGACAAAAACAACCAGCUGUUAGAAAAGGGAAUCAUCCCCAACAAGAGCAGAGCAGAGCAAAUGGCUAACGUCCAGAAUGCUGCACGGGCUGCAUCGGGCAAUGACAGAGGAGACUUCUGGAGGAUGAGGGGCCAAAGAGCUGCAAAGAAGAAAGAUUUGCGCAAGAGUCGAGACGACCAGGGCAACGUUCCGGUUACACGCUUCCCCGCCUACGAGAGAGUGGUAUUACGUGAAGCUGGUUUCAGGAGACCGGUGGUGAUAUUUGGGCCCAUUUCUGACGUGGUUAACGAAAAACUGGCUACUGAACUUCCUGAUCAGUUUGUCAUUGCUAAAACUGAGCCCAAGGAUGCAGGAAGUGAGAAGUCCUCGGGGGUGGUGAGAUUGAACUCUAUCCGGCAAAUCAUUGAACAGGACCGUCACGCUCUGCUGGACGUGACUCCCAAAGCUGUGGACACCCUGAAUUACACUCAGUGGUACCCCAUCGUCCUUUUCCUGAACCCUGACAGCAAACAAGGUCUGAAGACCAUGAGAAACCGCCUCAUACCCGGAUCCAACCGCAGCGCACGCAAACUGUAUGAGCAGGCCCUUAGGCUGAAAAAGAGCUGUUCACACCUUUUCACGGACACCAUCGACUUGAACUCGGCCAAUGACGCAUGGUAUGGCAGUGUGAAAGAUUUAAUUCGGGAGCAGCAAGACAAAGCUGUGUGGGUGUGCGAGGGCAAGGUGGAUGGUUCAGAGGAGGACCUAGAUCUCCAAGACGACCGCAUGUCCUACCUGUCGGCAAUGAGUGACUACCUCAGCAUGGACAGCCGGAUGACCAGCGACUACGAUGACACAGCGGACGAGGGCGGGGCGUACACUGACAAUGAGCUGGACGAGACACUGGAUGAACCCCAGCCCGUGUCGGCCAUCAGUCGAUCAUCAGAACCUGUACUGCCCGACGAGCGGCCUCACCCUGAACCCCGUGUACGUAUGAGAAGAGAGGUGAACAGAGAGCCAAGCCCUCCCCCUUCUUUCGUCCCUGAACCCCCAAAGGUUCGUGCUCAGACUCGAACUGACUCCACACGGAGCUACGAGUCACACUCCAGCAGCACCAUCAGCAGCGACGCAGUGGGCGGAAACAAGCCGCCUCCCCCUCCCGUGAAGCCUGUGAAGCCCACUAUCGCCCGCCAACCAGUGAACCAGUCGUCAGAAGAUCAGAGUCCGGGGAAAGACGACGAAGUGGAGGACCCCGCCAACAAAUCCUUCCUGGGCAAGAAAAUGGGUGACCAGAUUAAAGCGUUUGAGAAGAUGGACCAUCUGGCAAGAGCUCAGAGGCUCCUGGAGCUACAGGAGGCAGAAAACGCUCGAUUGGAAAUCGCCCAGAAGCAUCCAGAUCUCUACGCUGUCCCAGUGAAGCUGCCAAAACCCAACCUCAGCCGUCCUCAGCCAAUAGGUUCAAGCUCCAUCCCCGAGCCACAGACUCCCUCCAGGCCGCCGUACUCUGAGUCGAGAGGACACGAGGACGACGAGGACGACUACCGCCGCCAGCUGGCCGACCAGACCAAGAGAGGAUAUUACAACCCCCAGAAAUACAAAGACACUGAGCUGUAAGGCUGGGAAAGCAGGAAGUGACAUCAUCACCGAUCAAAACUCUUCGAACUUCUUGUCGUGUCGUCAGUUUCAGACACUUUUCGCGUCCCUUGUUGUGCAGAAAGCGUGGUGCCCCACGCACACAAACGCACACAGAUAUCUCUGGUCUACCUUUGCCACUCGCCGUUACAGAAACUGUGCACAGCUGAUGUUUCAAUGUAAAUAUUCUGUUGGUGUCUGUGAUCUAUAUUUUAUUUUCCCGCCUUUAUUCCGGGACUCAGUUUGUGCCUACCGUGUGUCACCAUCACACAGUAAAACGCCCAAUGUUUGGAAGGAUAAGAAGCAUAAAAGAAAUGUAAACACGUCACUUGAAGCCAUUUCAAACAGCUGGAGACGUCACAUUUUUAUACUCCCUUUUUGAACAGAAGAAAAAUUCAUGAACUUAAAACACAGCAAUGCAAAUUAACUAUAAUGGCGCAAUUGUGUCCUAAAUUUAAGGUUCAUGCUCUGCUGCUUAGGUCCUCUGCAGGUGGGACACAAAAGUAUGAAUAUAGUAUGAAUACAUGAAUUGAAACUUGAUGAACAGUCGAGGCCAAAAGUUUGGCAGUGGCACAUUUUUUUUCAUUUAGAUUAUAUAUGUGAUGCGCUUUGAAUACUUUUACUGGUAAAUUUAUGCAAAGAGUGAGUAUUUGCAGAUCUGCCCAUUCUUCAUAACAUCUGCUGUUUUCUGUGGUUUGCUGGGUAUCAGCUUCUGGGCCAAAUCCUGAUGGAUGGUGAUCUGUUUCUGUUGACCUUUGAGUCUUGAUGGGUUGACAUCACUUUUGCCUUGUGACAUGGUGAAAAUGCACCAUGUUAUUUUCACCAUGACAUGGUACAUACAGCAGCAAUCGUCACCAAAUUGCUGCUGUAUGAGCUGUUUGUUGUUUGUUUGUUUUUUGUUUUUUUUAGUAUGGUCAAUCCUUACAAAGUGAGUUGACAAACAGGCAGAAGUCAGGAUUUGGGCCAGGAGUCAAUGCCCAGCAUAGCUGUUGAUCCCACUGAGUUGCCGAAUACCAUCAGUGCUGCGCGUGGAGCAGGUGCAAACCUUUUGGACACAAUAAAAAUGUAACAAAUGUAAAAUUAAAACCAGCUAAAAACACUGUAAAAAUACAACUAAUGCCUGUUAUUGAUACACCGUGCAGUUUUUUUACAUUGUGAUGGUGAAUACACGAGGCUGAAACUGAAGCGAGCAAACGCCCAAAUCACUGUUACAGUUCUGUGGACUGCACCUCAGCUUUUUCACCAAUUUUGUGCGUUUUUGUGAGGCGCCACAUGCUUCGGGCACGCUCCUCUGGUGUUAAUUGUCCUCUAAUCGCACCUCCCCUGCUGAACUACACAUUCCAAAGUGGACGCCUGCGUCUGCAGCACGCCGCUGUGUGAGCUGUGCAGUCUGGGAAGCAGCUUAUUCCCAAGUGCCUUGCAGCUCUGAUUUCAGCUCGGGAGAUAAAGGCUUCUACCUAAAAAGCACUUGUUUUGUUUUAACUGCUGUUGUAAACUGAACCAAGCAGAGGUUGGAAAGUAUUUUCAGUACAGUUACUGCACACAGUCGAAAUACACGAGUAGAUUUAAACUGGAAACAUCUUUCCUUUGUUCUUUGCUUUUGCUUUAGAAGAGCAUUGCAGUCACUGAAGAGAUGCGAAGUCAGAAAUAGGAGAUUCAGAUGGAUUGCAUGAAUGCAGCAUCUGUAUCUCAUCAUUGCAUAAUAAUUACCAAAAGAUUGCGCCCCCCCCUUUUUUUUUUUUUUUUUUUUUUUU